GCAUAAUAGCAAUAUGGCGCUGUUGUGAUUGAGAAUGGUGGAAUUGGAAGAUGGUGGUCCAUGUAUCGUUUGGUAUAUAAACAUAACCUUAAAGCGUUUGAUGAGUAAUAUUAUUUUUAUUGUUUAAAUGCUUGUUUAAGAACACAUAUUGUAUGUUUUAUGGGAUUAUUGAAUCCUACUACUGUCUUAUUUUAAUGAAUAAUCUGACACGAUGAUGAAGAUGGAGGUGGACGCUGGACCAAGUACAAGCAGUGUCAAGUCGACGCAGCCUGCAGACUUGUACAGUGACCUGCACAGAUUCAUCGCGGGAGCCUCGGGCCGUAUUGACAUCGACCCUCCUGUGUUGGCUCAUUUGGCUCUUUCCCUGCUCAAGAACUUGUUGGCAGCCAGAGAUGCAGUUCUUGAGUACUUCUGUUCUCUAUUCGAUGCUGCAGUUGCCCAUUACGUGAAACAAAUCGAGAAGGAUGUCAGCAGCAAGAGUUUAACACAAGAAGAAGCGACAAUUUCCGAGAUCCACAAUGUUCUCUGCAACUAUGUCAGCUGCAACACCGAAUCUUGGGCUCCUAUCAUCUCCACCUGGUCUCUGGAACUGCUUGGCGUGUUGUCCAGCAAGUAUGCCAGUAGGGUGGCCACCAGUAGCUUAAACGAGACACUGCACCUGUGGAUGUCGUGUCGUGCCACGCGCACCUUGAUAGACCUCAAUACGCAGUGUCUCACCUGUCUCAUGCACUCCAACACGGACGCAUGCAUCAACGCUCUUCUGGACACGAGUGUGCUGCACAGUCCACACUUUGACUGGGUGGUGGCCCACGUCGGUAGUGCCUUUCCUCACACUGUCAUCAACAGAGUGUUGUCCUGCGGACUCAAAGAUUUCUGCCAGAACCAGCAGGGCACCAAGGCUCCCAAAAUCAACUCUGUGGUUGGUAUCCUUGGGCAUUUGGCCGGCAGUCAUCUUGCAGAUAUCCGUAAAGCCUUGUUAGAACUUUUUCAGUGGAGCAUGGACAACUCUCCAACAAAUGACAAAAUGGUGGUGUUACAACGAGUAGCGACUGUGCCAUACCUGCUUCAGUUGGCUAACCUGUCUACAACCCUACUAGAGGCCCUAUCAACUGAUGUGGUUCAUUCCUUGGACUGCGGAGUGUUGCGGAAAGUGUGCCAGUACGCUACAGACUGGUGCAGCUACCUCGGUGGUAGGCACAAGCUACAAGAGCUGGUGGUGCAUCUGGUGCUCAACUGUAACACAGGUGGCGAGCACAUCUUCAAGCUGUUCUUGGAUGCUGCCCAAGACCCGUACAAGCCUCUCAGUAACAAUUCUUGGGAAAUACUGGAGCUGGUGUUGCGAGAGAUGAGCCAGAAGCUGCGGAUGAGGUCCAGGCCACUGCCUUUGCUCAGCUGUGUCCACCAAAACAUCUCCUCUCUACAGCCUCUGUUGUUAAGUGACCAGCCAUUGCGCACCCACACCAUCGUGGCCCUGCUCACUCAGCUAGGUUGGCAAGAUUGGAACCUGGUAGCGAGCAGUUUGACUUACCUGCUGCUACACGCCACCAGUGACACACAGUUGGCUGCACUGAUUCAGCUAGUGGAGUCUCACAAUGGAACUCGGAGCCUUAACAAGGCCGUCUCGCUCUCGCUUACUUCCUGCCAUCCUCCCUUCGGCAACAGCCAGCACCAGUUGUGGUUCAACAUGGAGAAACUGCUUAAGUGGGAGAUGAGUAACAAUCAACUGUACAACGUGGCGGUGACUGCGGUGAGGGACAGCAUGUGCACUGUGGCGAGGGCCCUCACCUUCUCCUCAUCGAUAGCAGUGAGCCAUGCGAUCGCCGCUGUCAUAGAGCGGACUCUGACCACUCAGCCUCGUCCUCUACAGAUACAGACUAGCCUGUGGUGUACUCAUGCCGUCAUACACUACUUCUUCUACACACUUGAACAUGACGAUGGUAUGAGCAAGUUGCGAGGCUGUCGCACAGCCUGCAAGCUGCUGUCCUGGCUCUGUACUACACAAGCAGCUGCACGACCCGCGGCACUCAGAACUCUGGUGGAGGCUGUACUCGAGUCCCCGCACAGCACUCUCUUUGGCAGUGUGGCGCCUGGCAACAUCAGUGGCAACCCUCCUCCUGUCUCUUUACUACAGGAGAAUCUCAAACAGACUUCAGGUACGGCGAUGGCUCAGAAGCACCUCUCUGUGUUCCACGCUGGGGUGAUUGGCUACGGUUUGCGCACACCCGCAGACCAGUGCAGGCUGCCUGAGGCAACUAUACGCAGUAACACUCGGUUGCUUGUCUCAGCAAUCACUGCGUGUUGCCAGGACUCGAAUCAGUUGGCGCUAGACGCAGUUACCAACCUAGCCUUGCUGCUCGUGGAGUUACUCUCUCCGGAUGUCAUGUACAACGGUCUGCCUUGGCCUGAGGAGGACUUCUGCAAGGUAACGGUGGAAAGGGACCUGUACAUCGCUCAGAGGUUGCGCAGUGCACCAGUGGUGUGGUCAUUGCUGCGUGUAGUGGCAUCACACCGGCCGGCACUGUGCUACUGCUCGGUGUUGCUGCGCGCAGCAGCGGCUGUGGCAGUGGGCCGGUGGCUGGCUGCGGCACAACAAGGCAAAGGCCCUGGAGAGGACACGGCACUCGUCAACCGGACUGUCACAUUGCUGGAGAUAAUGUCUCUGGGUCAACUACUACCACCUCCACUGUCCAGCAUAGCACUGGCUGUGCCUCACCUGCCACCACAACAGGUUGUGUUGUUGCUGCGUGAAUGCGUGUGGAACUACAUGCGAGAUCAUGUCCCGUCUCCUGCCCUGUUUUCACGGGACCCUAGUGGACUAAUGUGGCGGGAUCCUGCCCUCUCUCGCCCACCUAAACAGUACACAGAGACUUUCCGGGUCAUCCUGCAACGUAACAUCGGCAAGAUGGGACAACUCUAUGCACAACUCUUCAUCUUCUCUCCCACAGAACCAUAGUAAUGUUUACAUGGAAUUUUUGUAAAUAUGUGAAUAAUAAUGUAAAUAAUUCUUAACUAAAAUAAACUAACAUGUCUUUAGUGUUGUGUUGUCUAUUUUGACCUCAAGAUUUGUAUAAAAGUGGUUGUUCUGAAAUUAUGCCUUAGCAAUAAUUCUCACUAUGACUGGUAAUAAACUUUAACAUAUAUUGUAUGUUAUUGCUAGUAGUCA